AUGUCACGAUCAGCUAUGCUUAACAAGUAUCUGACUCAACUUCGCCGUGUACCAGGCCCCUUCCUCGCAGGCGCCACCAGACUCUGGAAACUCAACUUCGUCGCCCACGGUCAACUGGAAAAGGUACAGAUGCGAUUGCACGCUCGAUACGGACCAGUUGUGCGAAUCAGUCCCAACGAGGUGCUGAUAUCCGAUCCUUCUGCUAUCAAAACUAUCUAUGGUCACUCCUCAAACUUCCGCAAGACCAAGUUCUACAUCCCGUUCGGCACCAAGGAUAACGAUGAUCUGUUUACCGACCCGGAUGUUAUACGUCAUGCUCACCACCGCCGGGAGAUUGCUUCUGCAUACAGCAUGACUUCUCUCGUCGAGUUGGAGCCCAUGGUGGAUAAGUGUGUGGAAACCAUGUGCGAUCAGAUUCGGGGCCUGGCUGGCCAGCGCAAGCCUCUUGAUAUUGCAAAGUGGCUGCAGUUCUACGCCUUUGAUGUCAUUGGGCAAAUCACCUUUUCGAGGCCUUUCGGGUUCAUGCAAGAGGGCAAAGAUGUCCAAGGCUGCAUCUCGAAACUCGAACGCUAUCUCAUCCAUGGUGCACUCUUUACAGUCAUGCCCGAGUUCUGGCCGCUCUACUACCUUGCUAACACGCUGCUGUCAAAAAUCGGCCUUGCUUACCCUCCAGGGAUAGGCAUCUUCAACGAGUUGCAAAAGAUGGGACGUGACGAAUCCACCAUCUGGCGCAGCUGCUUUGCCAACGUCGCUGCUGGAAGUGAUACGACUGCCAUCAGUCUGCGGGCCAUUAUUUACUUCCUUCUCAAGAGUCCGCGGGCAUAUCAUCGUCUUCAAGAUGAGAUCGACACGUUCAGCGCCGAGGGGAAAGUCAGCAAUCCGGUGACGUUUGGCGAAGCCUGUAAAAUGCCAUAUCUUCAGGCAGCUAUGAAGGAGGCCAUGAGGCUGCACCCAUCAGUCCAAUGGAGUCUCCCUCGCUACGUUCCAGAUUCGGGCCUCCAAAUCGGCUCGUUCGAUAUCCCAGCGGGGACCGAGGUCGGCAUAAAUCCAUACGUAAUUCACCGGAACAUGUCGAUCUUCGGAGACGAUGUUGAGGUCUUCAGACCAGAGCGGUGGUUGGAGGAUGAAGAGAGAACCAAGGAGAUGGAUAGGUACAUGGUCCAAUUCGGCACUGGGUCACGCGUGUGUCUGGGAAAGAAUAUCUCGUUGAUGGAGAUGUCAAAGCUGCUCCCCGAGCUUUUGAGGCAUUUUGACUUUGAGCUUGUUCAUCCCGAGGAACCAUGGACGGUAUCGAACUUUUGGUUCGCGAAACAGGACGAUAUGGACUGUUUUGUGACAGCAAGAAAGUCAAAUACGGUUUAG